CGCACUGCUGGCCGCAGACUUACGGCGCGCGGGGGGCGUGGCCGAUGCGCCGGCGGCGCGGGCUUGUGACGUCCACCCCCAGGUCGCCGCCCAUUGGCUGAGGCGCGGCUCCGCCCCUCCCAGCCGCGGUACUAGUGCGCCCGCCGCCGUCGCGCCCGCGGGGUCCGCGCCCCGAUCCCGCUGCGUUCGCCAUGCCCCGCCGCUCCCUGCGUCCCGCCCGCGCCCUGGCGGCCGUGCUGGCGCUGCUGCUGCUGCUGCUGCUGCCCAGCCUCGCAGAGGCCUGCGAUGACCCUCCUCGGUCCCAGAGCAUGAUGAUCAGUGGGAGCGCUAAGCCCACGUACGCGCCCGGAGACAGAGUGGACUACACGUGUCGCCCCGGCUACAAGUCUGUCCCCGGCAUGCCCCCCACCCAUGUGGUCUGUCAGAACGACAACACGUGGACGCCCCUCCAGGAGGCCUGCACGCGGAAAAAAUGUCCCACUCUGGCAGACCCCAGCAACGGGAGGGUGGACUACGUCAACGGAUCCGCCGAGUUCGGGUCCCAGGCGCACGUGUCCUGCGACGAGGGUUUCCACACGAUUGGAACAAAGAUUCUGUAUUGUGAACUUGCUGGAAACGACGUGGCCUGGAGCGAUACUGUCCCGAAUUGCAUCAAGGUCGAGUGUGCGAAGCCCGCGCAGAUUCCCAACGGCAGGUUCACCAACAGUCACAAGGACACUUUCGAGUACAGUGAGGUGGUGACAUACAGCUGUGACCCGUCCAACGGCCCAGACCCCUACUCCCUGGUCGGGCAGAGGCAGCUCAUAUGCUCAGCAGGCGGCAAGUGGAGCGCUGAGCCUCCCGAGUGCAAAGUGGUCAAGUGCCCGUACCCCGUGGUUGACAACGGCAGACCCACGAGGGCCAUCGGGAAGAAGUUCUACUACGAGGCCACCGUGCAGUUUGCGUGCUACGAUGGCUUUUACCUCAGCGGCAACAGCACCGUGUUGUGCGGGGCCGACAGCACCUGGCAGCCACCUUUGCCCACCUGCAUCAAAGUGCCCGAUGCUACCAGCACUGAGCCACCUCCAGUCCCUCCAGGGCCGAGGCCUACUCCUCCUGCAACUCUUCCUCCAGGAGUUCCCGGGCCUAGUGGCCAACCACCGCCUAAGGGUCCUGAGGGUCUAGGUGGAGGACUCAUUGCCGUGAUCGUCCUGGCCUCGCUUUCUGCCGUUGCGAUCGGAGGCGCCUUCUUGUACAAGUAUCUCCAGAAGAGGAAGGAAGGGGAGACGGCGGCCAGCGCACAGUACUCCACCUACCAGGACAAAUCCUCCACCCCUGCCGAGCCUUCCCUCUAAGUCGCCGCCUCAGACCGGGCACCUCUCUCUCGGGCCGUAGUACAGCUGCUCCGGACUCAAGCUUCCGCCAAAGAAUAAAAAGAGAAACUGCCGCUCGAGCCGACAGACCCAGCUCUGCGUGUCUGAAGACGGUGCACCGCGGUGCUGCGGGCACGAGGCGGCUCAGUGCCUGUGGAGGGCGAACGGAAAGGAAUAGCAUGCAGCUAGGAAAAAGGGGGACUCUGCAGCCCUGGUGGGCCUUGAAAACAUGGCAAGGGAACAGACGUGUGCGUAGACAAACCCCACGUGAGCUCGCUUGUAGACGGAGUCCAGCUGAGAAGCUGUGGGGAGGCCAGGUUGUCGGCUGGGGUGGGAGUCGGCAAGGGGACACGGAAACAUCAGGCCUAAGCCGGCGCGAGGACCCCAGGGCCCUGUGGUGACACGGCCGGCGCCGGAGGAGCCGGCGUGGGAGGCUUGGCCGCACGAGUCCUUGUGGCAGGUCCCCGUGCUGGGCAGUGUCAUGAGGCGGCAGGAGGGUCUCCUUCCCUCUGCCCAGCCCUGCCCUGCCCUGCCGCCAUGCCCCCCCCCCCCCCGCGGACGCCCGGCCUGCCCCCCGACCACCUGCCCGGGUGGCUCCCAGGGACUUGCCUUCCUCUCUCCCCUUUGCGCUGUCUGUUUAGGGAGACUCCAGGAGGCACACCUGGCUAAGCGCGUGCAGUGUGAAGCGCAAGGACCCGCUCACGGACCCGGUGGGAGCCCCCGCUCCCCGUCUGCGGUAGCGACACUUGAUGGGCGUGGGAGCAGGCCUGUAGGUGUCUGUCUCUCCCCCUCUCUCCCCUCCUCUUCAAGUUCUCUCUGUCCUGUCCGGUAGAACAGGACGAAUGGCCUCCAGGAGCAGCGGAUCCGUAGAGCCUGCACCGAGCCCCAGGCGUCCUUCAGUGCCGUGGCGGCUCGAAGCCGGGCCCUCAGGAGGCUCCGCAGACACUCCCGCCUUCCCUCUUCCCUUCCGUCGGAGCUGCUCCCUCAGCGGGUCCUCACCGUAGAGGGGCCUCUGUAAACGUGCCGGUUCACCUCAGCCCUUGAACACCAAGACCGAGUCUGAACAAGUCGGGCUUCCUGGGUGGAGUCUGUCACUGAGACACACUGUUUAGAAAUUAUCAUCUUUAUUGAUUGAUUGAUCGAUAGAGACAGCAAUCCAGAGGAAAAGGAGGGUGAGAGACCCCUGCAGCCCCGCUUCACCACUUGUCAAGCUUUUCCCCUGCAGGUGGGGACCGGGGGCUUGAACCUGGGUCCUUGUGCACCGUAACACGUGCGCUCAACCAGGUGCGCCACCGCCCGGCCCUG